AUGCUAGCUGUCACCCGUCUUUUCCCAAGCGUGCGGGUGGCAGCCUCGCGAGAUGCAGCCUUCGCAGCGACCCCGCACACUACGUGCCCGGAUGAAGCGAACAAGUGCCAGCAGAGGUCAAGCUGCCAUGUGCUAGAGUUGCUAGAGGUGUUCCAGCUCUGCCAUGACUUGCGUGCACGUGAGUGUGUGUGGGUUUUUGUGUUCCCUGCACUGGGCUCAAUGCUAAUGCUCGAAGCCUGCCGCUGUUUAGGACAAGCGGGCAGGCCACCAUCGCCUGCGAUGGCAUCCUUCCGGUCCACCAAGGGCUUCACUGCUCCAGGUGUGCUGCUGAUCUCCCUGAGCCUUGCCUGUGUGUACUACACUACGGUCCUGCCCGGGGAUGCCUUCGUGAGUCCGACAGCUGCGCCAGCGACAGGCGCAGGCCGGCUCGCCCUGCGGGGUGCCCAGAGCUCCGAUCGGGUCCCGACCUCCGCUGUUGGAGGAGGAAGCGCCGCCUUGGGUGCCUCUGCCGCUGCCCUGCUGCUGCUGAAGGCAGCCCACAAUGUCAGGAGGAAAGAUGCGACUCGCAGCCCUGUGCGCACGAUAGUGAAGGCAGAAGGCGAGGGAAGGAGGCUAGAGGAUUUGAAAGUUGGCGAGGAGGUCUCGGGCACCGUUACCCGCGAUGCAAAAAUCGGUGUCUACGUGGACAUCGGUGCUGAAAAGCCCGCCCUUCUUCCUCGGAACAUGGUUCCGAAGGGUCAGCAGUACGAAACCGGUGACGUGAUACCGGGCUUGAAGAUCUGGCAGGUCGAGACAGGAGACACCCCUGCGACUCGGAAGAUCAGGGUGACGUUGGGCGAGCUGCCAACCUCCUUCUCCGAAGGUCAAAAGGUCACGGGGAAAGUCUCCACCACGCAGAACUAUGGUGUCUUCUUUGACAUUGGCGGAAUGAGGGAUGCACUGGCUCCGGCAAGAAGCCUGAGCAAACGGCCGGAUCAGUAUGCCGUGGGGGAGGAAGCCGAGCUGGAGGUUCUCUCCAUCGAGGGUGACAAGAUCACCGUCGGCAUCGUGGGCGUGGCCGCCGCUGCCGCCGAGCAGUCCGCUGCCACAUCCAAGGCCCUUGCGCAGCUCAAGCUAGGGCAGGACAUCGAAGGCACCAUCGCCCGAGUCAACCCGGAGUACGGUCUGUUCAUCAACAUCGGCAUCGGCAUUGACGCUCUUUGCACGCCAUCUCAGCUGGACAAGCCGAUUGAGGAAUACAAGGAAGGCGACAAGAUCAAUGUGAAGGUGGCCAACGUGGAUGCGGUGAAGGAGCAGAUCGCAGUCACCACACGACCCCUGGCGUCCCAGGCUAAGGUCGGCGAGAAGGUGGAGGGCACGAUGAUGAGCCAGUCGAAGGCCGGCAUCUUCUUCGAUGCUGGCUACUCGAGGGACUUCCUCGCCCCGAACAACCUGCUCAGCAAGCCGGCGGGCGAAUACACACGUGGCGAGGUUGCUGAUCUCACUGUAAUGCAAGUCGAUGGAGACCGCGUCACGGUGUCGGACAAGGAGGAUGUGGGCAAGCCAAUCGCGACUUUCGUUCGCGGUCAAGAGGUUGCUGGAAAGGUCGUCCGCUACAUGGACAGCGUGGGCAUCUUCAUGGACAUUGGAGCUUCCCGGGAUGCGCUUUGGCGCACGAAGGGGCCAGGCGCCACAGUGCUGCCCAAGGAUCCUAAGGAGUAUGCGGCUGGUGAAGAGGUUUCCGGCCUGAUCAUCACCCGCCUGGAUGCCGCAGCGCAGACCCUGGAGGUUGCGAUGCCCGGCGCAGAGAUAGUCGCGACAAGCCUGUCGAUGGAGACCUUGAAGGUCGGCGAGGAAGUUUCAGGCACCGUCACGAAGACCAUCGCCUUCGGCGUCUUCGUGGACAUCGGUGCCGAGAGGGAUGCUCUGUAUGCCAUCUCGCAGCUGGACAAGCCUCUUUCCGAGUACCAACCCGGAGACAAGCUGGAAGGCCUGCGUGUGACGGAGGUGGACGCUGACCGUCAGCGCCUGGGCGUCUCUGCACGCCCUGUUGCUGGAGAAUACGAAGUGGGCCAGGAGGUUACGGGCAAGGUCACGAAGAUCAUGGAGUUCGGCCUCUUCGUCGACAUUGGUGCGUCCGUGGACGCUCUGGCUCCAACCGCUCUUCUCUCCAAAGACACGGGUGAGUAUACAGAGGGUGAGGUGCUCGAAGAUCUGAAGGUUACCCGAGUGGAUAUCCCUGGGAACAAGAUUGCAGUUGGGCAGCAAGCAGGUGCUGGUUCCUCGGAAGCAACGACCAGCAUUGAUAAACUCGAGGUCGGCUCCAAGGUGAGUGGCGUCGUUCGCGGCAUUCGGGAGUAUGGUAUCUUCGUGGACAUCGGCCUGGGGAGAACGGAUGCCCUCAUGCCAAACUCCAUGUUGGGUGAUGUUACCUCGGCAGCCUUCAAGCCCAACCAGAAGAUCGAGGUCUACAUUGCGCAAGUCGAUUCUGCGCAGAACCGUGUUACCGUGAGUGCCGUGGAGCCCACUGCGGAGAUGCGGCAGCGUCGUGGCAGGGGCAGUGGUGGUUCUGCCGGGGCCUCUCUUGACAGCUACAUCCCGCAGGGAUUCAUGAUCCCGGACCCCAAGCGGCAUGCGGAGAUCAUCGGGCGCGAAGACCUGAUGGAUCCGGAGCCGAUUCCCUGGUACGAGUGGGCAGAGAAGUUCCCCGGGUUCAUCCGAUUCAACGAGAAGGACCAGGUGAUCACUAUUUCCGUGCGAGCCCACGGCUUCUAUGGUGAGAAGGAGCUGCGCCAGGCCUUCCCAGCCCACCUCCCGGUCCCGGCGCAUCUGCAGAAAGCCGACGCCAAGCCAGCCACAAAGGAGGACUUCUUCGUGAAGCUGGAGGACCAGCCGAUGCCAAACUAUGAUGUCGGCAUCAAGCCAGAGAUUCACACCAAGUACCGUCAGCCACCGCUCAACGACCCCAACUGGCGUGAGUUCCCGGUGCCGGAUCGGAAGCCCAUCACCAUGGACUUCAAGACCAUCGUGGAGCGCGCUGGGCCCUUUGUGCCCACCGAGAAACCCGGCCUCAAGAAAGCCAAGGAGGCGAGGAGGGUGGCGAUGACUGAGAUCCACACUUUUCCGCAGGGCGCGCCGUUGCGCAAACUGCCGUUUGCGGACCUAUCCAGCUGCUGGAAUGACCUGGCCAGAACUGGGAGGGAGGUUGGAAGUCAACUAAUCCGGAAUGAGAUGUCUGAGUCCAAGCUUGCCGCAGCGGAGUCGGCCCAGAAGGCCGUGGCGCACUCCACGAUGCUGGCGAUGGCACACCUGCUGCAAGCGACCACCGGGGAGGAGCCUUCGUCGGAAGAGGCGCCGCCGGCAAAGCGGGCACGUGUGCAGCUUCAGCCGCUGAGGACAAGUGUCGAUAGCAAUACGCCUGAGGCUGAGACUGUGCGGCCUGCAACGGCUUUCGCUUCGCAGGCCAGCGGGCCACCGGUUGAGUACAAACUCGUGCUCCUCGGAGAUGCGGGAGUCGGCAAGACGUGCUUCGUGAAGCGGCACGUCACAGGGGAGUUUGUGAAGAAAUACCGGCCCACAGAGGGCUGCGAGAUGAAGAAGCUGAAGAUUUCGACCAGUAGAGGUCCCAUUCUCUUCCAGGUCUGGGACACUGCUGGCCAGGAUCACCUUGCCGGGCUCCGGGACGGAUACUUCAUCGGUGCGCAGUGUGCUAUGGUGUUCUUCGAUGUGACGAAGCGGGAGAGCCACCAGAAUCUGACGAAGUGGGUCACGGACCUGAGGAAGGUGGCUGGUGACAUUCCUGUGGUGGUCGUUGGGAACAAAGUUGAUGCUCCGGGCAGAGUGGUCAAGGCACAAGAGGGUUCUGUGAUCAUGCGCAAGUUGAAGGUUCAGUACUACGACCUGAGUGUGCGAACGCGCUUCAACGCGGAGGUGCCUUUGCUUUUCCUGUCCCGGCGACUCCUGGGAGACAGCAGCCUUAGGCUUACGCCGGAGACGGGCAGUCGACCGCCAGAGCCGACACUACCCUCGGCUGCUGAGCAAAGGCGAGCAGCAAGGGAGCUGGCAGAUGCUCUAAAUGUUGCGAUCAACGACAGCGACGACGAUCUCUGA